CAGGGGACUUUAUUUUGGCAACUUUGUCCGGAAAAUGUAGUUCCAAGCCUCGGCUUGACAGUGUUAUCAGAUGAGACUGUCUGCUACACUCAAAACAGACACCAACACAAGAAAAAAUCCAAGAAAAUAUGGACAUCACGGUCACGGCGGCUCUGCGGGUGUAAUUUUUCGUUUAUGUUUGAUUUUUAACGCGACAUUAUGAUCAGUCGGAGGCCGAGAACCGUUGGCUCUCGGACAUACGGGCGACCGUUGAGCUGGUAAUGUAUUUUUCACCGCAUAUGUUUGACUUUAUAAACGGAUGUGUCGUUAUCAGACCCUUUCAUGAGUAUGUCAGCGGCAAAACAGCGGGUUAUUUGACUCCUUAUUUGACGUAAAAUAGCAAAUUGCCCACUGAAGUUACAGCAAUGGCCUCGGCGCUGGGUUGCUUCAGCGGUCCGGAGGUGUUGGAGGACGUGAAUCACGCUCGGAGUUUGAUGGACGAGUUGAAAUUGCUGUACGACUGCCGGCUGCUCGGGGACGUUACCAUCGGGGUUAAAUGUGAGGAGGAGUCCUUGGAGAGCUGCGGGGGGUCGCCCAGAGGUGACAUUGAUCAACUUUUCUUGUGUAGCCGCAACGUCCUAGCAGCUGCGAGCCCGUACUUCAAAAGCAUGUUCACCGGGGGGUUAAACGAGAGCAUGCAGCAGCGAGUCCUGAUCCGCGGGGUGGACUCUGAGUCCAUGUCCGUCAUCAUAGACUACUGCUACACAGGCAGGGUGACCAUCACGGAGAGCAACGUCCAGAGACUGUACGCUGCUGCCAAUAUGCUCCAGCUGGACUACAUCAGAAAAUCUUGCUCCAGCUUCAUGUCAAGGAGGCUGGAUCUCUCCAACUGCGUGGGCAUACUGAAAUUUGCAGACACUUACGAUAACCCUGAGCUGAAGCAGACUGCACAAGCUUUCAUCGCCAAAAACUUUACCCAAGUGUGUAAUGGAGGGGAUCUGUGUGAGCUGGAUUUGACGCAGUUGAAGGAGGUGUUGUCUCUGGACACUUUGGAUGUGGACUGUGAGAGGAAGGUGUGCUCGGCGGCUUUGCAGUGGAUAGAGGCCAACACACCGCAGAAAAGAGAGGAUGCACUGCAGGCUCUGAAGUGUGUGCGGUGGAACUUGUUCACUGAGAAGGACAAGUGCUACCUUGAGGGCCUCGUGGCGAGGCCUUUAAUUGAGAAAUACCUUGCAUCUUUUUUUAACAGGUCUGCAGAGGACAUACCAGGAACUCUGGAUGCACCAAAACACAGAAUAGGUGUAAGCGCGAAGGAGAUGAUUCUCUUCUUCGGUCUGCCCUACGACAACAUAAUGUGCUGCGACCCUUACUCCGAGGACUUGUACUUCAUGGCUCGUCCGUUGGAUGACAUCAGCAGCCAGGAUUACAAACGCUCCACUAUGGAGUCUUUAAUCGCCUGUGCCACACCUGAAAACAACUUGUACCUAGCAUCUCACCUCUCUAAACACUUCUGGCUGUACAAUCCGGUGCUCAACCGGUGGCAGGAGCUGGCGGAGAGACCUCUGGGGAGGAUACACUCUGGGAUGGGCUACCUCAACGGCCAUGUUUAUCUUCUAGGAGGAAGAAAUCCAGUCACGGAUCUGAAACUGAAGGAGGUGGAGUGUUACAGCAUCCAGAGGAACCAGUGGACGUUUGUGGCUCCUCUGCCUCAUUCGUUAGGUAAAAUGCAAGUGGUGUCACUGAACGACCACCUCUACGUGGUGAACAAAAGGAGAAUGCUUUGUUACGAUCCCAAGAGGAACCGCUGGCGCCACUGUGGGUCACUGAGAAGAGACAAGCUUCACAAGGCAUGCGUUUUUCAGGAUCAGAUCAUCUGUGUGUGCGACAUCCCCGUGGUGAAAGCCUACAGCCCCACCAGGGGGGAGUGGAAGAGGCUGGGCGACAUUCCCAUCGACAGCCGUGCCCUAAAUUACCAGGUGAUCCAGCACAACAACAAGCUGCUCCUCCUCACUCAGACUUUACUGCAGCACAACAAAAACAGGGUCCUCAUCCACGAAUACGACCAAACCAGGGACACGUGGAAGAACAUCAUGGCAGUGUACGUGUCCACGCUGGGGCCCGUGUGUGUUUCAACACGCGUGUACCCUGCGUGUCUGUUCUCCGCUCACAGCUUCACGACAGAGGAGGACGAUGACAGCGGCUCCAGUGCCGACUGGGACUUUGAUGGGUUGACGGACGCAGACUCGGACUCUGGCAGCUCGAGCUCGUUCUCAGAUGAGAACUGGUAGUGGUUAUUGUGUCAAAGAAAAGCUCGACUUAUUUAUAAUGUGAUGGCUUUCACAGGGUUCUGCAUGCCGAGAGAGGUCACAGAUCCUGAUUUGGCUGAGCGUUAAAGCCAGACAUUUACAGCAGAAGCACAAGUCCGUCAAAAUCUUGACUUCACUUGGACUUGAAACUAAGCAGGGUUGGUUUCAGAAAUGCCCAGAAACAAGGGCUUUGUUAUUUGAUGGUGUUUGUUAGUCCUGUUUGUACAAUAACUCAAGAUAAAUAUAUGACGGAAGCAUAACCGUUAAGCAAUAAAUACCCUUUUAGAGUCUGAUUUAGCACAUUGAUAAGGCAGCUGAAUGAAGAGCACUCCAGUGAUGUACAUAAGUAUGAGACUUGCAUAAAAUUGGGGGAACUAGCAGGAGACAGAUUAACAAGAAAUUGAGAAAAGUAGAAGAAGCAGAGGCUGUAACGUCUUGACUUUUUGUCUUUAAAGGCUCAGUGUGUAGUAUAUAGGGACAUCCAUAGGCAUAAAUGAUUUAUACUAUUCAUACCUCUAUAUAUUACUAGUUUAUAAUCAGCUGAAAUCUAGCGAUGCAUGAUAAUAUCUGCACGUCAUCAGUAUCUGCCGAUAUUGGCUUUAAAAUGUAAUAUCAGAAUUGGCCAACAUGCUGAUUUCUGCUGAUAUCACAAACCAAUAUAUAUAUAUUUUUGCCAUUUAAAAAGUGUACAAAAUAUCCACCCUAAGUUGAAUUAUUUUUCUUAUUUUGCAAAAUGAACGAAUAUUACAUUAACUGAAAAGCAUUGUAUUUUAUGUCUCCAUCUGCCAGUGGGACAUCAUAAUAACAUAUACAUAAUAUGAUGUUUAAUUCCACAACAGCAGAGACUUGAUGAUCUCUAAAAUUAGGUGGGAAAAAAGUGGAUAUAUCUGUAUCAGGUAUUUGCCAUAUGAGUUGCUAUAUAUUGGCAUAUCCAGUAUCGACCAAAAAAAUAUCUUGCCUCUCUACCUGACAUUAAGAAUCAUGUUUUCGAUGGCUUAGAAUUAGCCGUUUAUAUCUACGAAUGAAGCAGGUCCUCAUAGCCUGGAACAGACAAAUACAAUAGGGGUGCUAGAUAAUAAUAAUUUUUAUUUAUAUAGCACAUUUCAAGUACAAAGUAAUUCCCAGAUGAAAGGUUUACAGAAUAACACAACAUUCAGGACGUAAAGCACAAAUAAUAAAAUAGCACUGUGUACAAGAACAUAAGAGGGCGCGAGUUCAAAAAUGCAAUAUCAUAAAUAAGUAAGGAAAAUUUGGAUAAGAGAAUUAAGCUCAGGUAAGCAGAAAACAUGAAGAGUAAAAGGAAUAAACAUGUAUAAGCAGAUAAGACACUAACAAAGGAGAUGAGCUCUUAUAAAACAGGUUGAAUGCCAAUAAAAGAACAAACCUUUGAAUUUAAAACAUCUAAAAGUAUAUGGAUGUGCAUAAAAUAGUUACAUGGAGAAAAAAGACUACUAUAAAAUGUAAUUUUAAGUUAAAAAUGUAACACCAUCAAAUAAUAACAUUAAGGGUAGGCUUUCUUAUGAAGUGAUUUUUUUAGGAGGCUUUUAAAAGCUUCAGUGGAGUCGGCCGAUCUCACACUGACAGGAUUUAUUUAGAGCCAUUUGCAUUUUCGUGUCGGUCACCAUUUUUCUCCUUCACACACGAAGUUUCCGCUCGGCAGCGACACCUCUAGAUGCCACUAAAUCCUACACACUGGACCUUUAAGGUGCAAGAUUAUCAGACUUUUGACAGAGUGAAAAGAAAAGGCGUGUGUUUUUCAAGGAUAUUCACAAUACAAAGAUGCUUAUCUUGCUCUUGAGUAUUUGGUCGGUAUAAAGCGCGUGAAGUUGCGUCAUGCCGUGUGGGACGGGGCGCCACCUUGCAAUUGCGCUCUCUGUAAUCUCUAUUACCAAAUUUAAUGCACUCAGUCCAAAAAUGAGACCGUUUACAAUGUCUGAUCAUGUGAUGGAGGUCGUGCAUUGGGGUCUAAAAUGAAGCCAUCAGGUGUUAUGUUUAUUAGUUUGUCAAAACUAAUCAGUACUACUUAACUACUUUGAAGGUAUUAUUAGAGAAUGAUUUAAAGGGUAAUUAAUUCCUGUCAGUUCAAAAAUAUGUGUGAAGAAAAAAAAAGUCAGCUGGUAAUUUUUUUUUCUUUUGGAUUGACGGCGAAUUGCUGUGUACGAUUUUUUAUUCUUUUUAUUUCUUAGUCUCAUUUUUUCUGUAAGUAUUGACAGCUAAGAAACUGACAGACAGACCAUCUAUUUUUAUUUGUUGAUUUAUUUUUGAGAAAGGGGCUGGUAAAAAAAAAAAAAAAAAAGUUUAUCUUCUACCUGCCCAUUUUCGAUCAUGGAACGUAAUAAAGCGAGUAACAUGUGGUUUGAUUUUAAACUGUUUCCGUGAGCGUAAUAAAAGUGAAAAAGUAAAAAAAAAACAAAAACAGUGCAAUUCUCACAAGAUGGUGCCCCCGUCCAAAACAUAUGGCAGCAGAAUGUUGUGUCUUUUGUGUGUAACACUUCUGUUACAUUUUAUUCAGUUUCUUAAGGAGAAUGUGACAAAAAAAAGUUAUGGAACCGUGGCCAUAAUGCAAAUAGCACAUUUUUUUCUACUUGACAAUGCUCCUCCAGAGCUACAGAAGAUAUUAUAAGUAAAACCGUCGCAAAGACUGCGUGGUACUCCUCCCGGUAUAGUAAACUGACUUAGACGUGUAAAAAUCGGAGGGUCUUUAAAUGCUCCGGGUUGGUUUUGUGUUAUAUAAAGACGUGUUUGUGGCAGAAAUAUUAAUUUUAUUUAGCUUGAAUAAAUGAGCACAACUGCUUAUGAAAUCAUGUUUGUGACUUUUGGGACGUCAGGCAGCUCAAGUGCCUCAUGUUUAUGACUUUAAACACACCUGGUCAUUCACAGGGCUUUAAAAUUUGCUGUCUUUUUCUUUCUUUGUUGUUGAUGCACAUCAAGACGUCACACACACAGCCGGUGUUGUGAGAACUGCUGUAUGAAACAGAAGCCAACGUACUGUACUCUCACUCAGGUUUAGGCUUCAGAAAAAAAGCCUGUAUGCCAUGAUUGACUUUUUAUUUUAGAUGUAGUAAAAUUAGGUGGUUUUGGUGAAAAAAUUAUAAAUUUUAUGACAUUUAUUUUAAGCUAUUUUAAUGGGUGUAUGUAUACAUUUUCUUAUCUAUUAUUUUAAACGUAAUGUUUAUGUUGCAAUCAGAAAUGAAAAUGUCUUUUGAAAAGUGUUUUGAGUAUUGUUUGGUCCUGAUAACCUGCUGGAGGACGUUUUGUCUGCAUGUAAUGAAACUGUUGCGAAGCCAUCGUCCUCCCCAGCCUCCCCGUACACUCAGUUACCAGUUUAUUAGCUGUGUUAAAACACACACAAUAAAGUGUUUAUGAUGUGUCUACUCUUACUGAUAUAAAUGUUGUAGACAAAAUAUUUAAAUCACUUCUGUAAAAUGAACACUAUAAAAUUCUUAAUAGCAUCUAUUGCAGGGCUGUUGUAUAAGACAGUAGAUUCUGCUAAUAAAGUGGUAAAUGAGUGUCGUUCUCAUGCUGUCCCUCUGUAUUGAUGGAUACUUGGAGAGUUACAUUGGGUGUGUGUAUGUGUGAAGGGGCUGUGGUUUGGAUUAUAAAGCUGUUUUGGUGUAUGUGUCAAAUAAACAUUUGUG